AGAAAACCCCAACGCCGGCAAGAAGAACCCGCCGCCUCUUGCAAUCCCUUGGUCAUCUCGCUCGAAUCCGCCGCCGCAUUCCCCUAAUCGCGCGUCUGCGGGAGCAAGGAGGAGGAAGAGAAAGAUGGGCGGCAAGGGAGGCAAGGGGCUGAUCGCCGCGAAGACGGUGGCCGGCAUGGACAAGGAGAAGAAGCAGCCCGUCACCCGGUCCUCGCGCGCCGGACUCCAGUUCCCUGUCGGGCGUAUCCAUCGCCAGCUGAAAGAAAGGGCCCAGGCCAGCGGCCGGGUGGGAGCAACCGCGGCUGUGUACUCGGCAGCGAUCCUGGAGUACCUGACAGCAGAGGUCCUUGAGCUGGCUGGGAACGCGAGCAAAGAUCUCAAGGUGAAGCGCAUCACACCCCGCCACCUCCAGCUGGCGAUCCGCGGGGAUGAAGAGCUGGACACCCUUAUCAAGGGCACCAUCGCUGGCGGCGGCGUCAUCCCCCACAUCCACAAGUCGCUCAUCAACAAGACCGUCAAGGAAUGAGCGUGUCCAGCAGUGGGUCUCGCUGACUAUGUCUGCGCUGUCAGUUUAGGAUCCUGAUCCUGAGAAUGAACAUGGUACAUGAAACGAACCUGGUAACCUGAGAUUGCCGUUUAGACCUAUUAUGCCUGCGGAUGCACUGUAAUCUGUGAUAUGCUUUCGACUAAUGGCAUUUGAACCUCUUUA